AUGAUUAAUAAGCCUCUUCAUCAGGAUGCAAUUGACUACCACACUGGAAAACGAUUUCUCGUUUUUUUGAUGGAAAUUCGACGCGAAUGGUCUUACGCCGAACAACCCUUGGCAACCCUAACUAACAUCAGACUUUUCAACCUCAAAUACUCCCUAUUUUCUUCCGUGGCCCGAGAUAUUUAA